AUGGUGCAGCAAAAGGCAGUGAUCGUAAGGAACGCCAUAAAGCGUUAUGGAAAAAAUUUGGUGUUCGAUGGCCUGAAUAUGACUGUUUCAAGAGGUUCCAUCUAUGGUCUAUUAGGUGCCAGCGGAUGUGGAAAAACCACACUGUUGUCUUGCGUAGUCGGAAUUCGAUAUUUCGACAGUGGAGAAGUAUGGGUUGUUGAGGACUCUGUUCUAGAAAACCCUUGA